AAUGAUAGAUCGCAAGGAGGGUCUAGUUUGGGCAAAAAUAAUUUGGAGUUAAUGGUCCACAGACGAGUUUUAUUCGAUGACAAUAAAGGUGUCAAUGAGUAUUUGAAUGAAGUAGAGUUUGGGAAAGGAGUCUAUGCUAGAGGGUCCCACUAUCUGAUAGUGGGAAAUGCCAAAAAGCCUAACUUGAAUGGUAAAUCAACAGCAGCUCAAGAACGCAUAUUAGCGCAGAAGAAAUUGGUUCAGCCUUGGAUAGGACUUGCCCCAAUUACUGAGUCGUUUGAUGAACUUACAGAAACAUCAAAACUGAUGUAUUCUGAAUUAGCUGGGUUGCCGGAUAAUAUUAAUAUUUUAACAUUUGAACCGUGGAAGGGUAAUACGUAUCUUUUACGCUUAGAACAUAUCAUGGAGAAAAAUGAAGACGCGCAGCUAUCUGACAAAGUUAUUUUGGAAAACAUUCAGAACAUUUUUAAGCAUUUCCGUAUUGAAAAAAUGGACGAAACGACACUUGCCGCAAACGUGCUUUUGAAGGAUUUCAGAAGAAGUGAAGGAUAUAACUGGCAAAUAGCAAAUGCCUCAACUACUGCUAGGGUUGAUUCGGAACAAGUUACUACUGGUUCUAUAUCUCUGAAACCCAUGGAAAUCAAAACUUUCAUCGUGAGGUUAGAAAAGAAGAGUAUAAAUGACUUAGAAUUCAUGUAAUUGUGCGUUCAAUAAAAUAUUAUAAAAAGUUA